CAAGUGCUUUCAUUUGUCUGCAACUGAAUGAAAUUGUAUAUUGCUUUUCGUUUCCAAUAAUUGCGAAAUAUAAUUAAGAAGCAAGCGUGACUUUAAAAUAUUGCCAAGAUGUCGCGUCACCGAAUAGUACGCGGAAUGGACUACAACGACGAAUACGAUGGCUACACAGAUGUCUAUGGCCAUUCCGUCGACGACGAUUGCGUCUCGCCCACAGAUCAGCAAUGGCUGUAUGACCGGGCUCGUGGCCAGCAUAGUAUGUCGGCGUUCAUCAGGAAGAAUAAGGGCAUUCAGGAGGAGGCAGAGGAUGGCGCUCACAACGAGGAUGACGAGGAUGAGGCGUUUCGCAAGGCUCGACGCGAUUCGGAAAGUUUCCAAAUGCCGCAACUGGAUGAGAUGGCACAAGCCAAGCUCAGCUCGUGUGUGGAUGAGGUGCGCAGUGUGGUCGGCGAUUCCGUUUCCGAGCGUCACAUUGUGGAGACAUCCAUGCGCUUUGACUACGACAUCCAGAAGAUACUCGACGAAAUUCUCAACGACGAGACCAAUCAAAAGGAGAAGGAGAAACAACGUCCGACCAAGCUGAAAGUAAGCGCAACAGCGACGACAGCAACAAGCAAACCGAAUACAACGCCAAAGCCAACGCCCACCAAAAUUACGCUGGCAGCUGUAAAGGAAGCGAAACGUGGCUUCGAGAUUGCCUCACCGAAGGCACCCGCCUCGCCAGUUGUCUCUGGACGAAAUACACCGGUGGACAUUGGCGUGGGUGGCGAUGAGGCUGGGCGCGGUGCAAUGGCCAUUUUUAAGGUAUCCAAGGAUCAGGCAAAUCGCAAUACACAACAGCUUUAUCAGUUGGAGCGCUCCGAACAAAAGAGUCACAUUCACAUGAUUGUCAUUGGCCACGUGGAUGCCGGGAAGAGCACACUGAUGGGUCAUAUGCUCUACGACACAGGCAACGUAUCCCAACGGGUAAUGCACAAGCAUGAGCAGGAAUCCAAGAAGCUGGGGAAACAGAGCUUUAUGUACGCCUGGGUUCUGGACGAGACUGGCGAGGAACGGGCACGCGGCAUCACCAUGGACGUGGGUCAGUCUCGCAUCGAGACGAAAUCCAAAAUAGUCACACUGCUCGAUGCACCGGGGCAUAAGGACUUUAUACCCAACAUGAUAUCGGGCGCAACGCAGGCGGAUGUGGCGCUUCUCGUCGUGGAUGCGACACGUGGCGAAUUCGAAUCUGGCUUCGAGUUGGGCGGACAGACGCGGGAACAUGCGAUACUUGUGCGCUCGCUGGGUGUAAAUCAACUGGGAGUCGUCAUCAAUAAGCUGGACACAGUGGGUUGGUCGCAGGAGCGCUUCAAGGAGAUUGUCCACAAACUCAAAUCGUUCCUCAAGCAGGCUGGAUUCAAGGAGUCGGAUGUCAGCUUUACGCCCUGCUCGGGCCUCACCGGCGAGAAUCUCGCCAAAGCGGCACAAGAACCAUCACUAAAAGCCUGGUAUGAUGGACCCCAUCUGCUGGACGUAAUCGAGCACUUUAAGGUGCCUGAACGCUCCAUCGAUCGGCCGCUGAGAAUGUCCGUCUCGGAUAUAUAUAAAGGAACAGGUUCCGGUUUUUGCAUUUCGGGUCGCAUCGAGACGGGUGUGAUGUGUCUCAAUGACAAGGUCCUGGUGGGCGCUAGUCGCGAGCAAGCUCAGGUGAAAUCUCUCGUCAUGGACGAGCUAACACAGACCAGUGUCUUUGCUGGUGAUCAGAUCUCGGUGACGCUCGCCGGUGUCGAUAUAAGCAAUGUGACCGUGGGCUGCAUUAUCUGUGAUCCACAGAUGCCCAUACCGGUGACGACACGCUUUCAGUGCCGCAUCAUUGUCUUCAAUGUGAAGGUGCCCAUCACAAUGGGUUAUCCGGUGCUUUUGCAUCAUCAGUCGCUCAUCGAGCCGGCUGUUGUUUGUAAACUGACCGCCUCCAUACACAAGAGUACCGGCGAGGUGGUGAAGAAGAAGCCCCGCUGCCUGGGCAACAACUCCUGCGCUCUCGUCGAAGUGGAAACAUCACGUCCGAUCUGCAUUGAGCGCUAUGCCGACUUCAAGGAACUGGGACGCAUCAUGUUGCGCGUCGCUGGCGUUACGAUUGCCGCAGGGAUGGUGACGAAAAUUCGCUAGAGUGCUUUAACAAUACUUUGUACGAAAUUUUAGUUAGCUUUUAGUUUUUUUCUAUUAUAAAUAAAAGCUAAGUUGAUAAUG